AGGUCGACAUGCGCUGCUGUCCAGAGGGACUGAUGACGAUCCGACCGUUUGGGGGUCUUUGUUACGCUACGAAAUCUUCCAUAGCAAGAAAACGCGGAAUAGAAAUGUUUAAUGCCAACGGUAACGCUCGACGGAGGCAGCUAAAGGCUAUUUUUUAAUGCGUUUGGUCAGACAAUGUGGAAACCGGAUGGGCCUUCAAUGGUGUGGGAUCCCCACCAAAGAAAUCAAUUCAGCAUCCGCAACUAUUAUCUGGGGUUAAACCUCAGUGUGGGUUAAACUGGAAAUGUGAAAGGCGGAAGAAUUCGGAAAAUGGGCAGUUUGUUCGACAGGUCCUCUCAGCUUCAUGAAGAAAUUUGUGAUGAGUUUCCAGUAGGAAACAUCCUGACAGUUCCAGGUGGUGCCCCGUAGUGGACCGAGCCCUCUACAAAACUAUUAACACCCGCUGAGCACAGCUGCACCUCUUCCUUUCCUCAAAAGACCCACAUUGGAUGAACUAUUUGUCCUGUUGUGUGUGCUCCAUCAUGGCUGUGGUCAUCCGAUUACAGGGACUCAGAAUCACGGCUGGUUCUGAGGACAUUCGCAAUUUCUUCACUGGGCUCAGAAUCCCUGAUGGUGGGGUUCAUAUAGUUGGUGGGGAGCUUGAGGAAGCUUUCAUAAUAUUUGCAUCUGAUGAAGAUGCGAGACGUGCGAUGACGCGCUCGGGGGGCUGCAUGAAGGGCUCUCCUGUCAACUUGCUCCUGAGUAGCAAGUCAGAAAUGCAGAGUGUUCUCGAGGAAAGCACUAGAAGGUCUGAGUUAAAAAGCAGGGGCAUGUACAAGGAGGUUGUCAAAAGUCCUUCUGCGGAACGAGGUCCUCUACCAUUCAAUAAGGACCCGAGAGCAGACAUACAAAGGCCGGAUCAUCAAGAGAUAAGGAACAGGCCUUCUCUAUCGUCAUUCAGUGAGACACGACACCAGAGAGAAGGAAGCAUGUCAGAGAGGGAUGAGGUUUAUCUGAAAUUGACAGGUAUGCCAUUCUCUGCGACAAAGGACAACGUCUAUAACUUUUUCAAUGGGUUACAGAUUGAAGACCUUAUGUUUUUGAGAAACCCCAGAGGACAGUUCAACGGCCAGAGUAUUGUGCGCUUUGCUACCAAACAGGAUGCAGUCGAAGGUCUGAAGAGGGAUCGAGAAUACAUUGGACCACGGUAUAUCCAAGUAACAAGAUGCUCCGAGGAGCAGUGGCUGGCAGAAGGAGGUCUCGUUAAACCGGACAGUCGGAAAAGAGCGUCCUUGGAGCGAGCGAGAUCUCGAUCUCCCAUUUCCUACAAGUCAAGAUCACGAUCGCCCUCUCAUGAAGAAUAUUGCGUCAUGUUUGAGAACUUGCCUAACAUGGUUGAAAAGAGAGAUUUGAGGGUGUUACUUCAUCCGGUUUCUUUGAAAGAUGAUCAGAUUAUUAUCUUUGCCCAAAAAAAGGAUGAUAAGACCAGAACGGCUGUUGUGGUGUUUAGAAGUCUCACCGACUAUUGUGCUGGUUUGGCUCAUAAUAAGGAAAUGUUGAUGAACAAGGUAGUGUAUGUGUCACCCAUCUCCAAGGAGAAAAUGGUCACCUUGUUGGAAUCGUCUGUUGACUCGAGAGACGAGGGAAAAGGGUCGAGACGUUCAGCAGAAGCGCCUCAGUCUCAACGAAACAAUCCUGACUCGCAGUUGAGGUGUCUCUAUGUGCGCAAUCUCCCAUUUGAUGUUCGUAAGGUGGAGAUCAUGGACUUCUUUCAUGGAUAUCCGCUCUCAGAGGAUAGGGUUGUCUUGUUGCGGGACGAAAGAGGAGCUGGGCUCGGUGAGGCUUUGGUGAUCUUCCAAUCUGAGAAGGAAGCCAUGACGGCACAGUCCCUAAACGGACAGAGGUUUCUUGGAUCCGAAGUCAUGCUUAAGUGCAUAACGAUUGGCCAGAUGCAGAAGUUUGGCGUCAAUGACCAGUUGAUGGAUAGCCCACAAGAAAGGAACUUCCAGAGAACAGAAGUUUUCAAUGAUGGUCCUCAUUUUUCUAACACCCCGAUGCCCCGAGAUGAUUGUGAGAUGCAGCCUAAUUUGCACCAGGGUUAUGGAGGUCAUGAUCGCUUUGAGCCUAAUUUUGGCCACAAUGAUGCAUUUGGGCCGGGACCGGAUGGUAAUGGACGUCAGUGUUACGGAUCACCUGACCAACAAUUUGACAGUCCGACUUGUCUUAAAUUGGUCAAUCUUCCCUCUCAGAUAAGGAUCGAUGAGAUUUAUGACUUCUUCUAUGGAUACAAAGUGAUUCCAGGUUCUGCCUCAUUGCUGCAUGAUAGAAAUGGAGCUCCCAAACGUUCAGCAACGGUAGCUUUCGAAACCCACAGAGAGGCGCUCACUGCUCUUCAAGAAUUAAAUGGUCGACCAAUUGGCACCAGGAAAAUUCAGAUUUUGUUUGUGUAGAUAUGCUUUUAGACUACAAUCUUGAUGUUUUUCUUACUUUUAUUUCCGUUUUUAAAGUUGUAUGUGCUUUUUCAAUGAUUAACAAAUGAAGACUUUUUUUUGCUUGCUUUUCAUAAAUCUGCAGAUGAAACACCGCUUUAAUUUAGAUUCAUACUUUAUAUCUUGACUGUUUGAAAAUAGUGCGUUUGUACGCAUGUCAGUGACAGUAUCUAGACUCAGUAUUAUUUGUGCUGUUGAAUGUUUUCCCCCAGAGUAAUGACUACAAUUUUAUAUUUCACUAAAUAUGUCACCAGUAUAUUUUGUUUUCAGAUAAAAUCAGAUCUAAAAGAAUCUUCUUAACAUUGUGAAAUUGUAAAUUUCAUUCUACAACCAGAUAAACUGUCAGUUCAUGUUUAAUGCUAUUAAA